AUUGCUGGAGGAGAGAGGGGUGGGUCGAACAAUUAAAACCCAUCUAAAUUCGUUUAGUGCUUGCUGAAUGUAAGGCUUUUAAAUCGUUUCAUUGUUUUAAUACAUUUUUUUUAUUUUUUCAAUACAAAAAUACAUGAAUGAAAAGUAUAAUUUUGUAAGGAGUUCAUUCAAAAACAAUAAAAAACCAUCUAGCUCAAUCCAUGGUCCACGUCAGUUCGAAGGUUUGUUAAAAAUCGCUUCGCUCAUUACUCCGACAGACCAAUGCUUAUUUUUACACUAACACUGAGGAAGUCUGAUACCUACUGUCAAGGGACUGGUUUUCAUAAACUGUCAUAUCUCAGCUCACUGGCUGUAAUGCUCACCGGACAUUCAAAAACAGCUGACAGAUAGCGGCCGAGAGCACCUUCCUGGUCGUUUUUGGUCGGUCGUCGACGGACGUCCCACUUCCGCUCGGAGUAUCUAAUCGCCGCCUGAGUCGCCGUUUGUGCACCGACCGGCCGGGGUCAGUCCACUGUUGGAGUUGGCGACGCGCUGUUGUGGCCCAUCUCUCACUCUUACUCGACUGCAGUGUCUUAGCGAGCAGGAGAAGCAGUGUCUGCUCCGCUGCCGUCAUGUGGCGCUGGUCGGUGCUGCCCCUCCUGCUGGCCGGCGGCGUCCUGGCGGGGACCCGGUUCGAGCGGCGUUCCUUCACGGUCGGUCCCGACUCGUUCCUGCUGGACGGCCAGCCGUUCCACUACGUCUCCGGAUCGGUACACUACUUCAAGGUGCCGGCGGCCUACUGGCGCGACCGUCUGACCCGACUGCGAGCCGCCGGGGUCAGCGCGCUGCAGACGUACGUCGAAUGGAGCUCCCAUCAGCCGGAGGAGGGUGUCACCGACUUCAGCGGCCAGCAGGACCUGGAGCAGUACCUGCGGCUGGCGCAGGAGCUGGGCCUGCUGGUCAUCCUGCGGCCGGGGCCGUACAUUGACGCCGAGCGGGACCUGGGCGGCCUGCCGUACUGGCUGCUGCGCCGGCAGAACGUCAGUCUGAGGUCGUCCGACCCGGCCUACAUGGAGGCGGUGACGGGGUGGUACGACCAGCUGCUGCCCAGGAUUCGGCCGCUGCUCUACAGUAACGGCGGACCGGUUAUCAUGGUGCAGGUGGAGAACGAGUACGGCAGCUACUCGUCGUGCGACGCCGUGUACAUGACGCAGCUGCGCGACCUGCUGCGGCGUCACCUUGGCGACGACGUCCUCCUCUUCACCACUGACGGCGGUGCCGACUACUUUCUGCGCUGCGGACCCGUGGACGGCGCCUUCGCCACCGUCGACUUCGGCACCGGCUCGGACGCGGCCGAGGCGUUCGCGGCGCAGCGGCGACACAACAAGAUCGGGGGCCCGGCAGUCAAUUCGGAGUUCUACCCGGGCUGGAUCAACCACUGGGGCUACCCGCGCAACAUGGUCUCCACGGAGGAGGUGGUCAACGCCACCAAGACGCUGAUCUCUCUCGGCGCCAACUUCAACGUGUACAUGAUGCUGGGAGGAACGUCGUUCGGUCUCAGGGCCGGCGCCAACAUGGGCGACACGUUCGAAGCCUGCACCACGUCCUACGACUUCAACGCGCCGUACACGGAGAGUGGCAACAUCACUGACAAGCUGUACGCCCUGCGGGAGCUCAUCUAUCCUUACACGAACAUGACAGAGAUGGCGGUUCCCGACCCGCUGCCUGUCACCUCUUAUGGCGAGGUGAAGAUGACGUGGCAGACCAGUCUGCUGGAGGCCGUGCAGGCGCUGAACGUCACCCGGGUGUCAGACUCGCCGGCGGUGCCCUUCUGCGACGUCCACCAGGCGUACGGCUUCGUGGCCUACUCUGCGGCGGUGACGUGGAAGCCGCCGCAGCCGGCCGUGCUCUCCGUACCCGGCGUGCGCGACCGAGGCUACGUCUGGCUGGACGGUCGUCCGGUGGGCGUCCUGUCGCGUGCCGAGAGCGCCUUCUCCAUACCCCUCCUCGCCGCCAAGGAAAGCACAGUCACCAUCAUUGUCGAGAGCCUAGGCCGCAUCUGCUACGGCGACAUUCACGAUCGUAAGGGGAUACUGGAGGCGGUCACCCUCGGGGGCAGGGAGCUGACCAACUGGAGCAUCACCGCCCUGCCGCAGGACCUGACGCAGCUGGUGCCGGAGACGCCGACGCCGCAGGGGGACGCGCUGCACCCGGCGCUCUACAGGGGCACCUUCUCCGCGGCCGACCCACCCGCCGACUCGUUCAUCCACUUUCCCGGCUGGCACAAGGGAGUGGCGUUCGUGAACGGGGUGAACCUGGGACGCUACUGGCCCGCCGUCGGACCUCAGAUGACGAUGUACGUGCCGGCCCCCUUCCUCCGCGCCGGGGAGAACACCGUCACCCUCCUGGAGCUGGACGGCGCGCCCUGCGGUCCGCAGGAGUCCUGCGCCGUGGCGCUGAAGGAUUACCCCGACCUGAAUGGCCCGACUCCGGACAGGAUCUCUCCCUAACGAACGGUGCAAGCCCAGUCUAACUAGAUGACAAUUUUAGGCAUUUGUAGGAACAUUUGGGGAUUACAACCUGGCAUUUAUAUUGUUCUUCCACGGGUAUCAUUUGCGAGUGAUUAUACGUAUUGUAAAUUCUAAUGUUACAAGCUUAGAAUGUGAAUAAAGAGGAGGCUUCGUCGAGGACUUCAA